GAUGCAGUCCUGCCUGGCCACCGAGAAAUCCAAGAAGCAGACGGAAGAGAUGCUGAUUCUCAAUGCCGACGGCACCAUCUUCCACCUCCAGUACAACAAGGAGGAGAUAAAGAUGGGUGAGGUGAAGAAGGACAGAGAUUCCUUGGGCUGGGACGAAGCCUGCCGCAUGAUUCGCGAGAUCGGAGAGCUGGCUCUGCUUCCCAAGGACAGCAUAAACAGACUGCUGUACGUACGUCAAAUUCUCCGCAGUGGGGAAUAG